AAUGCGCAAUUAUUAGCGCGUUAUGCAGUAUACACUAGGCGAUCGCUAAUUAAAAACUCUGUUUUGUCAUAGAAGCGCCUAUUAAUUCAAAAUCGACCGACUCGCACCCCUAGUUAAUUCCAUUUAUAACUUUUUCUUUCUUCAUACAGCCUUUUAUGUCACCUCGAGGCUAUGGUCCACGAGGCCCUCCCGGUCCAGUAAGGAUGCCAGGAAGUCAACCGGGAGUUGAUUUCGUUCAAGGUAAUAAUAAUUUUGUUAUACGAAGACAACAAGAUUUAUGAAAUUUGAAAGAGAGUAAUGAUUUCUCUAUAUUAGCUUCAUUAAGAAACAACGAACGCGUUGCCAAUUCUUUGAUAAGACUUUUUGCACGUAUUCGUACGUACACACCCAUUUGAACGUCGUUCGUACGCGACAGCGUAUAAUAAAAAGCGAAGCGCACUUAUGCCUUCGGGCAUCUUCUAUGUAUAUGUAUAUAACUUUGUUCAAAUUAUCAUACUAAAACGCUUUCUUUUCCUUGAAUAUGAAAGAUAAAAUAUUUAUUUUUGUCAGGUCCCAUGAUGCAACGAAUGAGCACACCACCUGGAAGAAUGCCUAUGGCACCUGGUGCACCAAUGACACCAGGCUUUGGAAUGAGAGGCCUGCCACCAACUUCUAUGGGUCCAGGUAGCGUAGGAGGAGUACCUAUGGGCCAUCAAGGAAAUCGGCCUUGGCCGCCCAAUUCGUCUAUGGGCUACGGUUCAGCGUCUCCAGCUGGUUUCAAUGGCCCUCCACCGACCGGUCCUGGGGGACCAGGAACUCCUAUUAUGCCAAGUCCCGGUCACGAUUCCACAAACAGCGGUGACAUAGCCUACAUGAGAGCUAAUAGUCUUGGCGCGCCUGCAGCAAUGUCAACAUUCGGCGGAAUGGGCAACGAAGGAGGAAUGGGAGGGCCAAUGCCAGGCCCCGAUGGCGUUCCACCUAUGAUGAAUGGCGAAAAUAUGGAGAUGAAAAAUUCACCGGCAAACGGAGGACCAGCAACGCCGAGAGACGACAGCCUUCCCCCUUCCUCUCAAUCAGACUACAACUUACCUUCUUAUCCGGAUAAUAUGCCGUCAAAUGAUUCGACUGAAGCUUCUGCCAUACUUAAAAUCAAGGAAACAAUGCAAGAAGAAGCAAAACGUUUCGAAAAAGACACACCAGAUGGCGCUAGUCAACCGACUUCAACAGCUGCUCCUCCUGGCGGUCCAGGAGUUCUUUCGCUUAAAUGGAAUACUUUUCGAAGCAUCCUAUCUGCUAUUGGCGAUGGUUUAAAAGCUCUUGGUGAAUAUUCGGAUGAAGGUAGUAAGUUUCUAUUUGGUGAAAAAUACAAACUACAUUCAUUCGCUAUGGAGGUUAUGCCUCGGAUGAUAUUUUUUAACGGCCUUAGCAAAGUGUUGGAGCGUAUAGGGUUUCUACAAUGGGGUGUAUCUAAAGUUGGUGCACUUUUACACCAUCUCCUUAGUACGACUGCCGGCGAAUCAUUUUUGGCUGGUGCAAAUAUUUUUCUAGGCCCUGAGAAUUCAAUUCAACUUGUUCAGCCGAUGAUAGCUAAAAUGAGUAGAUCUGAGAUUCAUACGGUAAUGUCUUGUGGUUUGGCUGCGAUCGACGCUGGAAUGGUAGCUGUAUACGUCAAUAUAGGAAUCAGUGGUCGACAUUUGAUAACGGCUUCUUUACUGUCAGCUCCCGCCGCAUUGGGUCUAUCAAAAUUAUUAAUUGGCCCAGAUAUUAUCAAUUCAUCGACUUUAGAAUAUCAGAAACCGGAACGUUGUUCAAUAACAGAAACAUUUAGGAGAGGAGCUGCUGAAGCAGUGAAAAUGAUUUGUCGUAUUCUGGCAACCCUUAUGGCAUUUAUUGCUCUUGUGUCUUUCAUAAAUUCAUUUUUUGCUUGGAUGUCAGGACGAGUUGGAUUAUCUAAUUUUACAUUACAAAAGGCAUCAUCUUACAUCCUAUAUCCUUUAAUUUAUUUAAGUGGCAUUGAUCGGAGCGAUUGUCUUCUUGUUGGAGAGCUUUUUGCGACAAAAACGUUUAUCAAUGAAUUUGUUGCUUAUACGGACUUGAAAAAAUUGAUAGAUAACAGAUUAAAUGGUUUAAAACCAUCUAUUUCUGAACGGUCAGAGUCUCUAGCUACUUUCGCUUUGUGUGGUUUUUCUAACUUUGGAACUCUGGGAACUAACGUCGGAUUCCUUUGUGCUAUCGCUCCCCACAAAACGGCCCAAAUUACCGGUGUUGCAGUGAGAGCUUUCAUAGCUGGAAAUUUCGCUUGUUUAUUAACUGCAGCCGUUGCCGGUCUAGUUAUCUGA